AUGUCAUCCAAUCAAAUAUAUUCUGCGAAGUACUCUGGCGUGGAUGUCUAUGAGUUUAUACACCCGACUGGGUCAAUAAUGAAGAGAAAGGCAGAUAAUUGGGUGAAUGCCACUCAUAUAUUGAAGGCUGCAAAGUUUCCAAAGGCUAAAAGGACAAGGAUAUUGGAAAAAGAAGUCAUAACAGAUACCCACGAAAAGGUUCAAGGUGGUUUCGGUAAAUACCAAGGUACGUGGAUUCCCUUAGAGCUAGCCUCGAAGUUGGCUGAGAAGUUCGAAGUAUUAGAUGAGCUUAAACCUUUAUUUGACUUUACACAACAAGAAGGCUCUGCUUCGCCGCCUCAGGCUCCUAAACAUCACCAUGCUUCCAGAAGUGACUCUACCAGAAAAAAGGCUACAAAAAGCGCAUCUGUACCUUCUGGAAAGGUAUCCGAAAAAGCGAGCUCCCAACAGCAGCAGCCUGUAUCUCAACAGCAGCAGCAGCAACCUGGUUCUGCACCAAAAAGGCGGGGUCGUCCUCCUCGGAAUAAAGCGACUGUAACAUUACAAAGAUCACAAAGUGAGAUGGUUUUUCCAAAACCUUCAAUUCCAUCAUCUUCUAUCCAGAGCACAAAGUUACCUAGUCUACAGCCUCAGUUUGGCAGAUCAGCGACUAGUUUGUCCCCGAUUAUGGAUGUAAAAUCUCCGCUGGAUCAAGCUUCUCCCCAAUUUAAGGAAUUAGAUAUCGAAGACGGACUUUCCAGUGAUGUAGAACCUAAUUCUAUUAUGGGCACAAAACAUGAGGAUAACACACACUUAAUGAACACAAAGGAUGAGCCUGUAUCUUCUUCUUCCUCUUUACCGUCUUCCCCAAGUGAAUUCUCUCAAAGUGUUGCAUUUGGCUCGAGAUCUAACAUGCAAACUCCCCUACAAUUAAAUGGUACGACUUCAAUGAAUAUGAUAUUACCAAAAUUUUCCUCAUCUCAAAACGGACCAUCUGAUUCAAACCAAAGAGCAAACGAAUACCUAUCAAAAUUGGUGAAUUAUUUCAUAUCUAAUGAUACCCAAAACGAAUCGGAAAUACCGAUGGAGCUUUUGAAUCCUCCUUUACAUUGUUCGCCGUUUAUUGAUACGUGGAUUGACCCCGAACAUCAUACAGCCUUUCAUUGGGCAUGUGCGAUGGGUACGUUACCCAUUGUAGAGGCACUACUAAAAGCAGGAAGUUCCAUCAGAUCGUUGAAUAACGUAGGAGAAACGCCACUAAUAAGAUCUUCAAUUUUUCACAAUUGUUAUACCAAACGGACGUAUCCGCAGAUCUUUGAGAUUUUGAAGGAUACUGUAUUUGACCUGGAUGCCAAAUCAAGAAACGUCAUUCACCGGAUCGUUAGCAGAAAGAGUCAUACCCCUUCUGCAGUCUAUUAUUUAGACGUUGUACUAUCAAAAAUUAAAGACUUUACGCCACAAUAUAGGAUUGACGUAUUAAUAAAUCAACAAGACAAUGACGGAAAUUCACCCUUACACUAUGCUGCAACGAACAAGGAUGAUCAGUUUUAUCAACUUCUUCUCCAAAAUGGCGCACUUACCACCGUUCAAAAUAAUAGCGGAAUGACACCUAAUGGAAUCAUUAGUGGCCGUUAUUCGAUGGAUGAAAUAACAAAAGGGCAAAGGCUGGAUGAUCCGUAUGAAUUCAACAAAAUGUAUCCUUCUCAGGCUGCAACUAGAACAAAUAGAAUUAUCCCAGAGGUAAUAAAUAUGAUGAAAGAAAUGGCAAACUCUUAUCAGAAUGCAUAUCAGAAAAGACAAAACGAAGUUCUUCAGAUGGAACGGACAGUAAAGAGCAUGAAGAAAACCAUAACAUCUGUCGAAAUGAAACUUUUAGAAGCUUUAAAUUUGAAGGAAACUGACAAUGUUGACAUAGUACUCAAUGAUAGGAAGGAAAAAAUUGAUGAACUACAACGGAGAAUUGCCACAGACAAGCGCGUGCUAAUCAACAGGUUAGAAGAAGGACAAGUAAAACUGAUACGAAAGUUUGUUGAUGAAGAAACAAAAAAUGUCGAAGGUAAGACUACUGACGGUGAGGAGUCUGAAGAUAUAGAAGCACUUUUGAAGGAAUUAGUUCUUAUUCAAUUAAAACGAAAACGAAAACUUAAUCAAAUUAUUGACGUGAUAACAGACAACUCUAAAGUUUACAAAUAUAGGAAAAUGAUAUCUCAAGGAACUGACAUUGACGUUUCUGAUGUUGACGAAUGUUUAGAUGUGAUAUAUCAAACAUUAAGCAAGGAAGGUUAG